AUGUCGAAUCCGAUUUUGCCCAAAAAGGGCGAGCGCAACAUCCUUAUCACUAGCGCUCUGCCAUACGUGAACAAUGUGCCUCAUCUGGGCAACGUCGUUGGCUCCGUGCUGAGCGCCGAUGUCUUUUCUAGAUACCACAAGGCCUGCGGACGGCCUACACUGUACAUUUGCGGUACCGACGAAUACGGAACAGCAACAGAGACCAAGGCGCUGGAGGAGAAGCUGUCGCCGCAAGACCUGUGCGCCAAGUACAACAAGAUCCACCAGGAGGUGUACGAAUGGUUCAACAUCGGCUUCGACCACUUCGGUCGCACACCCACAGAAAAGCACACCGAGAUCUCGCAGUCGAUCUUCAAGCGCCUGCACGAGAAUGGCUUCCUCGGCGAGCGCACCGCCGAGCAGCCCUUCUGUGAGAAGCACGGCUCUUUCCUGGCUGAUCGUUAUGUAGAGGGCGAGUGCCCCCGCUGCCACUACGACGAUGCCCGUGGUGAUCAGUGUGACAAGUGCGGUCACCUCCUUGAUCCCUUUGACUUGAUCAACCCCCGCUGCAAGCUGGACGGAGCUGCCCCCGUCCGUCGUGAGACGAAACACAUUCACAUCCUUCUCGACAAGCUCCAACCGGAGAUCGAGAAGUGGGUUCACCCCGCCAUUGAGAAUGGUAACUGGCCUAAGAACUCUCGCAUCAUCACCGAGUCUUGGUUGAAGGAGGGUCUUAAGGAUCGAGGUAUUACCCGUGAUCUGAAGUGGGGUGUUCCCGUCCCUCUGGAGGGCUACGAGAACAAGGUGCUCUACGUAUGGUUCGAGGCUUGUAUUGGAUACCCCUCUAUCACCGCCAACUAUACCCCCGACUGGGAGCUUUGGUGGCGCAACCCGGAGGAUGUCCAGCUGUGGCAGUUCCUGGGCAAGGACAAUGUGCCCUUCCACAGUGUCAUCUUCCCCGGUACCCAGAUCGGUACCAAGGACAAGUGGACCAUGCUGCACCACUUGAGCACAACAGAGUACCUCAACUAUGAGGGCGGCAAGUUCAGCAAGUCCCGCGGUGUUGGUGUCUUCGGUACAAACGCCAAGGAGACUGGUGUCUCUGCCGACGUGUGGCGAUACUUCUUGCUGAAGAACCGUCCCGAGACUGGUGACACCCAGUUCGAGUGGCGUCCCUUCGUGGAGAGCAACAACAGCGAGCUCCUCGCCAAGCUGGGUAACCUCGUCAACCGAGUCAUCAAGCUUGUCGCUGCCUCCUACGGCUCCGUCAUCCCCGAGUUCACCGUUCCCGAGAGCUUCACACCCUUCCAGGACGAAGUCACCACUCUCCUCCGCCAAUACAUCGAAGAGAUGGAAGGCGCUCACCUGCGCGCCGGUGUUCAAACCGCCAUGAAGAUCGCCGAAGCAGGAAACGGUCUCAUCCAGGCCAACCGCCUGGACAACGCCCUCAUCGCCAACGAGCCCGAGCGCGCCGCCGCAGUUGUCGGCACAGUCCUCAACCUGAUCUACCUGCUCUCCAGCGUGUUCUCGCCCUACAUGCCUGCAACCUCCAAGUCGAUCCUGGAGCAGCUCGACGCACCCUUCCAGUACAUCCCCAGCCCCGAGGAACUCAAGGACGGCUGGAAGCCCACCGCCCUCAAAGCCGGUCACAAGAUCGGCAAGGCCCAGUACCUCUUCUCUCGCAUUGACCCCAAGAAGGCCGAGGAGUGGCGUGAGAUGUUCGGUGGAUCGCAGGCAGACCGCAAGAAGAAGGAAGAGGAAGCAGCCAAGAUUGCCGCUAAGAAGGCCGCCGCCAAGGCCAAGAAGAAGGAGAAGAAGGACAAGGGCAAGGCCGGUGGUGUCGAGGCCUCUGCCAAGGGUGGAGCGGAGAAGGUCUCCGUCACCACCGAUGGCCAGAACGACGAGGCCGUCGAGAAGGUCACCGAUGGUGUUGCUCAGGUCACUCUCCCUACCUCGUAG